AUGCCUGGUGGGACGCGUCUCGGUGUGCGCGCACCAGCACACUCGUCUCGCGCUGGACCGCGUCAGCCCGCCACCUUGCUCGCCCCCGCGCUCGAUCCACACUGGCACGCGACCACCAGCGACAGAGACGCCGCCGGCGCCGCGUCGCUCGAUGCCCCGUCCACAUUAUCCACUGCCCCGCUACCCUCGCGGUUUGACGUCUCGCUGGCCCUCCCACUUGGACAUGACCCAACCCCACAGCAAUAUUCCAAUGCGUACCUCGGCGGGUCGGAGAUGAUCUCGGACGCGGCCGCGCGAGGGCCUGUUGCCCGUCUACCCAUUCGCAAGAGCCGCAUCCGAGGCAUGGUGGGCUGUCCCAGUGGCACGGACAAGAACAAUGGCAAACAAAUUGGCGCAGGCGAUAGACAUGGAGCGGGAGAGAGCAGUCGCGACGCGAUGUGGCGUGCUGUGGGUUUGGCACACCCUUGCCUCUGCCACCUCCCACGGCACCCUUACAAGUACUUGCCCCCCCAGCGACCUCCAAGAAUCCACGAGCUCUCGCCACUACCCCCUCAUCCGGACCCUCACCAGACACCGAUGAUUGGGGAUGAGAUGCUUCCCUGGUCGCCUGAGGCGAUGGAGGAGGUCGAUCUCGACUCGGCGAUGGACUUUGUGGAGAACUUUGAGUGCGCGUGGCAAGAGGCUGGGUCGUGGCCCGAGGUCGAGGGUGGGGCAAAGGAGAAGGCGAACUCGAGAGCCAAAGGCAAGCGGCGUGCCGGCCCGUCUCCUCUGCCUCGGCCUGUCGCAGCAGCACCAGCAGCAGCAGCAACACCAGCAACACCAAGACACGCACUGGACACCACUCAACGUCCCACACUCGACUACCCGGCUCGGUGGUCCUGGUGGCGAGCCGAGAUCAGCAACGGCGACGGGUACGGCUACCACACCUCCCACCUCCCUUACCGGCUGGACAGCCGCAGACCCAAACCCGACCGGCGUCGGCCCGCACCGUCCGAAUACCAGCUGCCACGCAACCUCUCCGACAUUCUCUCCACCAUCCAGCACCCGUUCCACCCAGACCCGGCAUACUACAUGAAGCACUCGGGCUCGUUUGUGUACUGGAUCAUCCCCGUCCAUGGGCCCGUCGUCGUUCCGGGCCUGGAAGACAUCGUCGUCGACCCCACAGCCUCCUCGUGGGCCUCACGCGGCAUCUUUACCGCCACCAACAUGCCCAUCGACACGGGCACCGACACCCGCCCCGCCCCGCUGCGCUGGACUCCGGCGCUGCUCCGCGCCUUCGUCCACGACCACUUUGAGCCGACAUACAACGACCCGCACCACCGGUACGGCCAGCUGUCUUUGCGGACGUGUGGGCCGUGGCCGAGCCCGUUCCUCACGGGCCUGCCGCCGCCGCCAGCCUUGCGGGGACACCAGUGUCUCCCGCCCGGGACGAGUGGCAGCGUACCGGCCAUUGUCGAGUGUGGUGACCACGUGCGCAUCUACUGCGAGGCGAGUAAGGCGCUCAAGGUCAGGUGGUGGUUGCAUUGGUGGCAGGUGAGGCUGGACGGUGCGGGCGAGGUCGUUGCAGCGCCUCGGCGGACGGGCAGUGAGGAUGAGGAUGCGGGCGGCAACGAUGCAAGACCCAAGGUGGAGUACCAGCCCUUCAAGCGCGUCCGCCUCGCGCUCGUCUCUCAUCGCAGCGAGGUCUUGAUGGUGGCGUGA